UGCGAUACGUUCAUCAUGUAAUCACUAAUACUUAACAACACUAAUAAGAGUAUAAGACGCCAGACGGAUCACUACCUUUUGUUGUACAAACUUUUUUUUCCAAGUCAACUUGACGAACGCCGCUUGCUAUAAUUCGUAUAUAUACCCGGUGAAGUACACAACAUCGUGCGACCACACCGAACAGAUUAUAGUCAAUACUCUAUAACCACACGGCGGCUUGUUGUUUUGGGCGAUCCGAGCGUGUCUUGUUAAUUUGUAAGUUGUAGGUAUAUUAUAAAUUCAUUGUCUUCGUGCGUAUUACACAAACACUUUUUUCUAUCUCUGUCACUAUCUCUCCCUCUCUCUCCCGACACUCGGCUCGCCAUCCACAUACUGCGUACCUACCUACGUUGCUCGCAUCACCGACCUACCCCGGACACUCGCUCGCCAACGGUCCAAGCACUACUUCAACGGAAAGCAUCUAUUUCGACAGCGUUAAUAUUAUGCAUGUUUCACAAUGAGUGAUUUGUGAUUAUUCAGCGGUGAAUCCACCAACGGAAAAGAAACAGUCAAGCAUUCCUAACGGAUUUUAACGCAGUAGCUAAAUUUGAAGAAAUACAAACAUCUCAUAGAGAUGAAAAUAAUGAUUCUACGAUUUACUUUAAUACUUUACAUAAAUGGCAAGACAUAAUGAAAUGGAAUUAUGAGUUAAAAAAUAAAGACGAUACACCGAAAGAAAAACUUGAAGAAUAUAAAAAUAAUGUAAUACAUUUAUUUUUAAUUUUAAAAAAGUUAAAUAGACUUGAUAAAAUACGCUCAAAACAAAAAAAAGAUUUAUUGAAUAAAAAAAAACAAGAAAUUGAUAGUAAACAUCUACAGCAAGAAAAUCUUCUGAAUGAAUUAUUUUAUUUGAAAAAAGAAAUAUCCAAGUGCCUUCAAUACAAAUCUAGUGAUAGUGAUAUUGACCUUGUACCGUUAGAUACAUUUUGUUUAGAGUCGCCAGAUUCAUCCGAUUUUAUUGAUAAAUUAAAAAGUGGAUUGAUUAAUGAACAUGAUUUACAUAUAAGACGUCUCCAAUGGGAGUUUGAACAGAGGCAAACUCAACAAAAACAGUGUGAUGAAGUUGAAAAAAAUAAAGAAACUAUACUUUCUGAAAUUCAGGAAGAGAGCAGGAUUUUACAAAGUAUUUUACCUAUGCUUAAAGACAUACGCACUGCUGCUCAACCUUUACAACAAAGUUUUGGUUUAGCUCCUUGUCAAGCAAGGUCAUAUGCAGAUAUCGUGAAUGUAUUACCCAAACCAUUAUAUUAUUUAUACAUACAAACAGAUGCAUAUAGGGUAGCUUGCAAAUCAAAAUUCACUGUUUCGAUUAAUGGUGAUGAAGAAGAAGCCAGAAGAUUUGAUUCUAAUAAGAAUAAUGUCGUGGAUACUAAUUCUGAUGAGGAAGUAGAUGUGCCUAAACCAAAAAAACGUCAUCAUAAGAAAUCACGAACAGAUACAAAGUCUGUACAACAAAAAAGUUUAUUAUCAAAACAUCCUCUAUCAGUUAAAUUGACAUUAAGUUUAAAGAAUAAUACUCAGUUUGUUAUGGAAUUUUUUUAUUUGGUUAAUUUAAACUUAAUAACUGUUACCGUUAGUUCAUCUUGGUCUGGAUUUUCUUCAUCCUACUCUAGGGAAUUGCUUUCACCAAGUUCUAUACUUGAUGCAUUAUUCCCAGGCGACAAUGGCAAAGAAAGCCCUCAUAUAGUAAACUUUCAUCAAUUAGAAGAAGAAAAAACUGAAUUCAACACUAUGGAGGUAGGAAAGCCUUAUAUUUGGGCUCAAAGUAUAUGUGGUUUGGAUUUUUUAAAUCCUAAUACACCUGAUUUUUUAAUUUCAAGAAAUAAUAUAGCUCAAGUAUUAAAGGCAAUAAACAAUCGCCUUAAAACUCGUCUUUCAUUGAUUACUCAGCUCGACUGUGGUGACUUGGAACGUAGGUUCAGUAUAAACGGAGUUAAUUUAACUUCAGUUUUAUCCCCUUGGAAUACAAUGACAUGGGAAAAUUUUAUUAAACUUGAAUAUUGUAAACCACAUGUUGAAUUUGGAACAGUGACAGAGAAUGAUUUAUUAUUUAAACGUGUAGUAAAUUAUAAAACAGCAACACUGACUGUAGUAAUGGUAAUUAAAUGUGAUUAUCCAAAAAGUAAUCCUAUAUUCACACUUCAACUAAAUAUGCCAACUAUAAAUGAAGGAAUGUCUGUUUUAAAUUCUACAAAUAAUAAUUCUGUUAGAGAAUUGGAGAGAGAAAUCAAUGUUUUUCAUGAACAAACUGAAGAUGAAGAUAUUAAUGAAAUGCUUAUCAACAUAAUUGGUCGUCUUGUUGUUUGUUUUGAGGUGAUGAUGGAGACUUGGGGGCAUUCAGAUUUUCCCAAAACUAAAACUAUUUUAUACAACAUAAGGGGUCGAGCAAGAAAUCAUCCAUUCAAGGCUGUUCAACAUCAUUCAGGAAUUAUUUUUGAACACCGUUAGACAACUUAUAUUUAUUUGAAAUUUCUGAAUUAUAUACCUAUAUUUUAUUGAGUAUUUGAUAUAGGAUCCUUUGGUUGCUCUAUUAUGGUUUUUGUUUUUAUGUUUAUACAUGCUAUAAUAUGAAAUAUGAAUGCCGUAAGUUUCAUUUUUAGAUUUUAAAAUAUUAUUCUUUAAACAUACAACAUUUUUAUUUGAUUA